AUGCUCACGCUCCAUCAUGGACCUGGAUACGAAGCCUAUAGGUGCCAUGGUGCCGGGCUGGUAUGGGGGUUUUUCGUCACUCUACCUUCUAGGCAGCUGGAGUUCACACCUGGGCGUGAUCGGCUCAUUGACAGCGAGGUAUUUAAGGACCAGCUGAGGCAGUCAUUCUCCGCCAGUUCGUUUGUCCUCCAUGAGUAUGCCAACUGCUGCAUGAUGUGUGUAAACACCAUUUUGAAAAAUGGAAGCCUUGAUGAGAUCAUCGAACUCAUUGAGAUUCUGGAAGAUCUUCUAGAAAAAGAAGACAUAGAUCAAACCAAAACAAUAGAGUCUGAGGAUAUUGUUGCCUACCUGUAUGAACCUGAUGGUACCUUUGAUGGCCUCAGUAUUUAUGCCAGUGAUGAUCAGAAUAUUUCAGGAGCCUCAUAUGAUGUGUAUGAUCAGAGACUGGUUAGCCUGAGUGUGAAGGGCAGGAACAUAUCAGGACUACAGCAGCGUGUCAACAUCACCAUGAACAUCACCAAGGAAAUAAAUGAAACCCAAAAGCCUUCCUGUCAGUUCUUUAACUUCUCAACAAAGAAUUUUAGUGUGGAUGGCUGCAUCACCCAGUGGACACGUGGUCAAAAUUACAUCACCUGUUCCUGUGACCACCUCACAUACUUUGCUGUGCUCAUGGUAGGAUUGCCUGUUUCUCCACCUUCCCUCUCACCUACAGACCAGAAGAUUUUAACAUACAUUUCUCUGAUUGGCUGUAGUCUCUCUCUUUUUGGCCUGGUCGUCACUGUUUUGCUCUUCAUCACGUACAGAAAACUCAGAGAUGAUGUUUCUAUGAAGGUCCACAUCAGCCUUGUAAUCGCUCUGAUCCUCCUCAACCUGCACUUCCUGCCCACUCAGACAGUGGCAGCAGGGUCCUCCACUGGACUUUGUCUUUAUAUGGCUCUUGUCCUUCACUACUCUCUGCUGGCCACUUUCAGCUGGAUGGCCUUGGAAGCGUUCCACCUCUACCUUCUCUUUGUCAAAGUCUUCAACAUUUAUAUCAGGAGAUACCUGCUCAAACUCAGCGUGGUGGGAUGGGGUGUCCCUGCAGUCAUUGUGUCAGUGGUGGUGAUCAUAAACAGAGGGUUUUAUGGUCGUGUCCCUCCAUACACGUCUAACUCCAGCAAUAUUGCGAUAUGCUAUAUAACUGAUGAGAAGGUGAAGAUGGGGACUACAGUGGGACUGUUCAGCUUGGUGUUCCUCUUUAACAUCAUCAUGUUUGGGAUGACAGUCAGAUGUGUUUGGAUUCUACAUAAUAGCUCAGAGUUUGGGCAGAGUAACCGUGACAGAGCCAAGAAAGACAUCUGUACCCUGCUGGGAGUCAUGACUCUGCUCGGCAUUACCUGGGGCCUGGUCUUCUUCUCUUUUGGUUACCUGACCACACCUGGCAUCUACCUCUUCUGUAUCCUGAACUCACUGCAAGGUUUCUUCAUAUUCCUGUGGUUUGCGAUGUCACUGAGAAAGGGCAAAAGGACAGCAACUGCUGCAGCAACUGAUGCAGCAGCUAGUGCAGCUGCUAAGAUGAGCAAUGAAAUGCGCAGCACUAGCCAGUAG